AUGGAAAGCGAGGUUUUCACCCCUUCGCUGGAGCAAUUUAUGCUCACGCCUCUGGUCUGCUGGGUGAAGACAGUCGGCCAGGCGACACUGACCGAUGGCACCCAAUUAUCGGAAUAUAUCGAAUUAGUGGAUGGGAUUUACCUGAACGAGAUAAUGCUUGAGAUAAAUCCCACGGCCACGGUGCAGAGGACCAACAAGAAGGUGAACAAUGACCCGACACUGCGCAUCCAGAACCUUUCUAUUCUCAUCAGGCAGAUUAAAGACUACUAUCAGGAAACUCUCCAGCAGCUGGUGAUGAUGCCUUUACCAAACGUGCUGAUUCUGGGCAAAAACCCUCUGUCUGAACAAGGUCUGGAAGAGGUGAAAAAACUGUUGCUGCUGCUACUAGGGUGUGCUGUCCAGUGUGAGAAAAAGGAAGAGUACAUCGAGUGUAUCCAGACUCUGGACUUUGACACCAAAGCUGCCAUAGCAUCCCACAUCCAAGAGGUCACCCAUAAUCAGGAGAACGUAGUGGACAUGCAGUGGUUGGAAAGUGGGGAAAUGCCUCCUGAAGACCUGGACAGCCUCUCCAGAAACCUGGCUUUCCACCUCAAACGCCUGGUGGACGAGAGGGACACACAGCUGGAGACUAUAGUGGAGUUGACCCAGGAGAGAGACUGUGUGCAGCUCUCCCCUCUGGCUUCCUGUCAGACCCAGUCUCCUGGUGACUCGCCCGGUAUGAGGAGGACCGAGAGCCGGCAGCACCUCUCUGUGGAGCUGGCUGAUGCCAAAGCCAAGAUCAGACGCCUUCGACAGGAACUAGAGGAGAAGAGCGAGCAGCUUUUGGACACCAGGCAGGAGCUGGAUAACAGUGAAGGCGAGCUCAAGAAGCUUCAGCAGGAGAGCUACCAGUUGCUGACGGACGCUCGGUCGGCUCGGGCCUACCGCGACGAGCUGGACGCGCUCAGAGAGAAGGCGAUCCGUGUCGACAAGUUAGAGAGCGAGCUGAGCCGAUACAGGGAGAGACUUCACGACAUCGAGUUUUACAAGGCUAGAGUCGAGGAGCUGAAGGAGGACAACCAGGUCAUGUUGGAAACUAAGAGCAUGUUGGAGGAGCAGCUGGAUGCUAGCAGGCAGCGCUCCGACAAACUGCACCUCCUGGAGAAAGAGAGUCUGCAGCUGAAUUCCAAGAUCCAUGACCUGGAGAUGGAGCGGGACAUGGACCGUAAACGCAUGGAGGAGCUGCUGGAGGAGAACCUCGUGCUGGAGAUGGCUCAGAAACAGAGCAUGGACGAGUCCCUGCACCUGGGCUGGGAGCUGGAGCAACUGUCCAAGACCCCAGAUCUCACCGAAGCCCCUCAGAAGUCUCUGGGCGAGGAGGUGAAUGAGCUGACCUCCAGCCGCCUGUUGAAGCUGGAGAAAGACAACCAGAGCCUGCUGAAGACUGUGGAGGAGCUGAGAGGAGCAGCCAGUCAGGACACCGUGACCAAACUGUCCAAAGCCAGCCAGGAGAACCAGAGGUUGAACCACAAACUGGAGCAGUUGGCGAGUGAACUGACCUCAGACCGAGACUCGCUCCGCAGCGCAGAGUCUCUCAGUACUGACCUGAUGAAGGAGAAGGCUUUACUGGAGAAGACUCUGGAAACACUCAGGGAAAACUCUGAGAGACAGCUGAAGGGUCUGGAGCAGGAGAACAAACACCUGGGUCAGACGGUGUCGUCUCUGCGUCAGCGCUCCCAGGUCGGAGCUGAGGCCCGGGUGAAGGACGUGGAGAAAGAGAAUCGAGUUCUCCACGAGUCCAUCUGCGAGACCACCGCCAAACUCAAUAAGAUGGAGUUUGAAAGGAAACAACUACGAAAGGAGCUUGAAGUGGUGAAGGAGAAAGGAGAGAGAGCAGAAGAGCUGGAGAUCCAGAUUCAGAAGCUGGAGAAGGACAAGGAGAGCCUGCAGAAGAAGAUUUCCAGUCUUACAAUCACCUGUGAAAAGGUGUGUUCUUUGGAGAAGGAGAACUCAGAGCUGGGGGCAGAGGGCCGUCGUCUGAAGAAGAAGUUGGAUACUCUGAAGAACAUGGCCUUCCAGCUGGAGGCUCUGGAAAAGGAAAACUCCCAGCUGGAGCAUGAAAACCUGGAGGUUCGGCGCUUGGCGGAGAGUCUCCGGUCAUCGGGAGCAAAGGCCGCUCAGCUGGAGGCAGAAAACAGGGAGCUGGAGAGCGAGAGGAGCCAGCUGAAGCGCAGCCUGGAGCUGCUCAAAGCCUCGUCCAAAAAGACGGAGAGAUUAGAGGUGAGUUACCAGGGCCUAGAUACAGAGAACCAGCGCCUGCAGAAGGCUUUAGAGAACAGCAGCAAGAAGAUUCUACAGUUGGAGGCUGAGCUGCAGGAAGUGGAGACUGAGAAUCAAAGCCUCCAACGCAACCUGGAGGAGCUCAAGAUCUCCAGCAAGCGCCUGGAGCAGCUGGAGCAGGAGAACAAGUGUCUGGAGCAGGAGAGCUGCCAGCUGGAGAAAGACAAGAAGUACCUGGAGAAGGAGAACAAGCGGCUGAGGCAGCAGGCCGAGAUCCGAGACUCCAAGCUGGACGACGACAACCAGCGCAUCGUCACCUUGGAGAAAGAGAAUCGGACGAUGGGGAAGGAGAUGAUCUUUUUCAGGGACUCGUGCACGAGAGUCAAAGACCUGGAGAGGGAGAACAAGGAGCUGGUCAAAAUAAGCAACAUCGAUAAGAAGACCCUCAACAACCUCAGAGAGGAGCUUGUGAGUGAGAAGCUGCGGACUCAGCAGAUGCAUAAUGAUCUAGAGAAACUCACUCAUGAGUUGGAGAAGAUUGGCCUGAACAAGGAAAGGCUGCUGCAUGACGAGGGCUCUGACGACAGGUUUAGGCUCCUGGAAACAAAACUGGAGUCGACACUGAAAUCAUCUCUGGAGAUUAAAGAGGAGAAGAUCGCAGCGCUAGAGGCCAGACUGCAGGAGUCCUCCAACCUCAACCAGCAGCUACGCCAGGAGCUCAAGACGGUAAAGAAAAACUACGAGGCGCUGCGUCAGAGGGAGGAGGAGGAGAGGAUGGUGCAGAGCUCCCCCCCGAGAGGAGGGGAAGCCCCUCAGGCUGUCAGUAAAUGGGAGAAAGAGAGUCAUGAAACCACCAGAGAGCUGCUGAAAGUCAAAGACAGACUCAUUGAGGUGGAGAGGAACAAUGCCACGCUGCAGGCUGAGAAGGCGGCGCUGAGGAGCCAGCUCAAACAACUGGAGACUCAGAGCUCCAACCUGCAGGCUCAGAUAGUGGCGGUGCAGAGGCAGACUGCGUCUCUCCAGGAGAACAACACGUCACUGCAGACUCAGAAUGCCAAGCUGCAGGUGGAGAACUCCACCCUGAGCUCGAAGAGUGGCGCCCUCAUGGCCCAGAAUGCCCAGCUGCAGACCCAGCAGAGCAGCGUGGAGGGGGAGCGAGAAGGAGCUCUGAAGGACAAAGAGGACCUGAGGUCCACCUACGAGCUGCUCCUCCGAGACCAUGAGAAGCUGGCAGGGCUCCACGAGAGGCAGGCGUCCGAGUACGAAGCCCUGAUCGGAAAGCAUGGCGGCCUGAAGACCUCCCACAAGAGCCUGGAGCAGCAGCACAGGGACCUGGAGGACAAGUACAAGCAGCUCAUGCAGAGGAAGGGAGAGCUGGAGGAUCUGGAGAAAAAUCUGAAGGAGCAGCAGGAGAAAAUGGCGCUGGAGAAUCAAACGCACCGAUCCACAGCUGACCAGUUCAAACUGCUCAAAGAAGAAAAUGAUAGGCUGAAUAAUACCCAUCGUCAGCUGGUGAAGGACAACGACAACCUCCAGCUGGACCAUAAGAACGCAAAGACCCAGCUGAACAGCGCCAAGCUGGAGCAGACCAAGCUGGAGGCCGAGUUCUCUAAACUGAAGGAGCAGUACCAGCAGCUGGACAUCACCUCCACCAAGCUGACCAACCAGUGUGAGUUGUUGAGCCAGGUAAAAGGAAACCUGGAGGAGGAGAAUCGCCACCUGUUGGACCAGAUCCAGACUCUGAUGCUGCAGAACCGCACACUGCUGGAGCAAACCAUGGAGAGCAAGGACCUGUACCACGUAGAGCAGAGACAAUACAUAGACAAGCUGAAUGAGCUGAGGAGACAGAAAGAGAAGCUGGAGGAGAAGAUCAUGGACCAGUACAAGUUCUACGACCCCUCGCCCCCACGCAGGCGUGGAAACUGGAUCACUUUGAAGAUGAAGAAGUUGAUCAAGCCGAAGAGCCGGGACAGGAUGCGCUCUCUCACUCUUACUCCCUCUCGUUCAGAGUAUGGCGACGGUUUCCUGACGCUUCCUCCGGACUGCCAGGACAGCUCGUCCAUCGGCUCUGGCUCCAACUCGCUGGACGACACACUCACACAGAAGAAGAGCAGCAGGAGGAGAGGGCAGCAGGCCCAUGCCCAAGGGCAGGGUUCAACCAAUGCUUUAAAAAGGUUGCCUUUCAUGAGGAACAGAUCCAAGGACAAAGACAAGGCCAAGGCCAUCUACCGGCGCUCCAUGUCCAUGAACGACCUGCUGCAGACCAUGGCGGUGGCGGGUGGUCCCGGCGCUGAGUGGGCGAGCAGCAUUGACCACCUUGACGGAGCUGAGGCCGUAGACAGAGACACGGCGGGGAGCAGCCGGCGUAGCGGGCGGAGCAUGAAGGAACUCGCCUUCUCCACCAACGCCAUCGACUACUCCACGCUCACCCUGCCCACCGCCAGGCAGAGCAGGGCCAAGCUCCGCCUCCAGGUCAAAGAUAAUGCUUCAUGUGAGGAUGUCGCCGGCUCCUUAGAUGACCCCAAGAUUCAAGCCUCAAGACCCCCCAGUCUCCAUAGCAACCGGACCAUCAGUAGUAAUAGUAACAAUAACUCCCACCUCACCUCUCCUCUGGAGGGCAAAGGCACGUUGAAUGGCAGCCUGAGCCGGCCCCACAGUGAGAGCAGCGGGGAGUUCAGCCUGAGUCUGGACCAGGAGGUGUGGUCCAGCAGCGGCAGCAGCCCGGUGCAGCAGCCCUGCUCCUCCAGAACCUCCCACCAGAGCCCCCUGCAGCUGAGGAGGCCCCUCGACCCGGGACAGACCCCCGGCAGGAAGACGGGGUCCCCAGCCUGCGAGGUGCUGUCCCUGCAGCAGUUCUUGGACGAGGGCAUCGAUCCUGCAGAGUCUGGCAGUCAGGAGAACCUCACUGUGGACUCCCCCCGCCUCUCCACCUCUUCUGAGCAUGUGCAGAAGGAGCUUCCUGUCACGAAGGCCCGGGGCAUCCUCCGCUCCGCCAGCGGGAAAGCGGCGCCCGUCAGCUCCGACCGUCCUCCGAGAUCCUCCGGUCAGCCGGGCCGCCCCACGCUGCGUAAGGCUGAGAGCACCCGGGUGAGGGGCUCCGUGCCCCUCCGCUCCUCCCUGUCGUCGCAGGGCAAAGCGACGUCCGUGUCGGGACUCCUGGACUCCGCCUCGUCCACCCUGCCCCGCGCCAGCAGCGUCAUCUCCACCGCCGAGGGCUCCACGCGGCGCACCAGCCUCCACGACCUGCUCUCCAAGGACAGCCGGUCCCCCAUCUCCGUGGAUACGUCUCCCAACGGCGCCUCCACUAAGGCUGGGGUCCGCUCCCAGCCCACACCCAGUGAGUACCACCCCUCCAGCACCAACCUAAAGGGACCCCUUACCACCACCAUGCCCAAGUCACUCAGCUUACCUUGCCAUAGCUUGGAGGACCCCGACCUCUCCACCCUCGAGUCCUUCCUCGGCCCCUCCUUCACUGUAGAGUCCGUGUUCAUGGACUCCAUCUUUAGUGAGUCGGCGUGCAAAACCCACCCCUUCCUGUCUCUAAACCCCUCCCUAGUCAGCAACAUCAGCGGGCCCCCUGUUACGAAUAAAACACACUCUCCUCCUCCUCCUAUCCCCUCCCAAAACGAGCCUCACAGCCAAUCAAAUGGCCAGAUGAGAUCCAGCCCAGCCAGUGUGACAGAAAUUAACGAGGGCCUUGAUCCCAGUGGUGAGAAUAAUUUGGAGCAGUCACUGAACGCAGAGGACAACCAGUCUCUGUGGUAUGAGUACGGGUGUGUGUGAACGAGGUGGGGGUCCGGCUCGCUGAUCUUUCCCCCCCAGACUUAAUGAAAAGAGGGGGAGAAUGAAUAAUGGAUAAAUUACAAAUCCUCCUCUGCAUGUAUUUAUUGGAGCACUAUCUCUGUGUGGCGUUUUUGUUUUUGUUCUUUUUCUGUUUGGUGCUGAUUGGUGAAUCGCUGUUGUUUUUGUUUUCUGCCUUAUUCUCCGGGGUGGGACUUUGAUGAAUGUUCUUUCAUCUUACAGACAUAUUAUUGUUUCCUCAUCCAAUCCGUUAACACUCUGCUAUUAUCUGCAGUCUGGGGUUAAUGCAUCAAGGCUCAGAGUUUCUGUUUUACCAAAUCAUCUUAAUGUCCAAUAAAACAAAGCAUUGUGGGCCACAUUUUUUAAUGUGUCGGAUAAUACAUUCGCUUCCACUUUCUGUUACUGAUGCUGUUUGGGUUUCUGUCUUCUUCACUGCUUUUUAACUCGGUUGCAUCAUUCACUAAAUUGCACGGCUUUGUUUUGUCCGACGCUCAUUUUGAUUGCUGUGAUCAAAAUGGUUAUCAUGUGUACCUUUUUUUUUGUUUCUAUAUUGACGGUGUGUACGGUUUGUUUUGUUUUUUUGACACCUUUUCUGUAUUUUCUUUUGUUUGAUAUUAACCUGAUCUCUGUGGGUUUUGAUCUGAUGGUCAUUCAUCUUGGGCUGGUGACAAAAUGAUGAAGCUUCAUUCCCAAAAUGAUCUGAGGGAAGGUGUAGCUGGUGACGAGAAAGCUGAGAGUGAAAGCAGUGGAGGACCGGGGGGGGGGGGGAUUAUAUUUGACUUGUAUUCAGCUCAUUAAAGAGUUAUAGUCACAGGAAGUAGUAGAGGGAAUAGUUGAGAGAAGAGAAAAGUAGAGUUGAGUUUUCAAUGGUCAGAUUGUUUUGUGAAUGAAGCAUACAUCAUUUCUUUUGGCAUCUGAAAUGUUGUAUUGACUCACCCUGACGCACCACACAUAUGGAUAAUAUUUGAUCAUGUAUUUUAGACGAGAUCUUGUACAGAUUGUAGUAACCCUUAAAUUAUAAUCAAAGACGAGCACUGCUUUCUGUGCCAAAAAGAGUAGAACUGUUCACCUCUAGAUCCUUAUUUAUUUCUGCUUCUGUGCUCUGUUUUGAAGUUGCUUUGAUGUAUUUAUAUAUUAAUCUGAAUUAUAUUCCGGUAUGAAGUAAAUUAAGAUUUCUCGUCACUGUCUUCAGAUGUAACAUAAACGUUGCCUUUGUCCUACAGAUGUGGAGGGCAGAAAGUCUAAAAGCAGGAGCGGGGAGCCGCAGCAAAGCUAAACUGCUACCAUGCUGUGAGCGCGUGGUGAGUGAGUGCUGCUCGAGCGGGAGAAAUGGGGUGGGGGGUUCAGUCUUGUCUCCAUGGGAACCUAAAACAUGGUGUAACAGAUGUCGUCCAUCCUGCCGUGCACUUGCUUCCCCUGCUAAGCCCAAACCUCAUCCCCCUCCUCCUCCUCUUCCUCACUGUCCUGUCCACUGUCCCUGUGGUGCCAAACGCCGCCUUAUGGGACCCUGAUGGGGGUCUGCAUGGCAUAUGGGCCGUUUACCCAUGUCGCUGAACGCUUUGCCUGUUUGUGUCCCCAAGUCCCCCAACGAGAGGAGCCCCCCCCCCCCACCACCACCACCUCACGUAUCCCUCCUCCGUGAUGCUUCUGAUGUGUUGUUGGUGAAGGUGACUGCUGAGUGUUUCCUGCUGGUGAACAAAGAAAAUAGUCCCUUUGCUGUUGUCAGGCUGCUUGUUGUUGCUGCAUGGCUUCGGUGUCGCGCUGAAAUCCUUCCCCCUUCUUGUUUCCUCCACAGUGCAUGUAGACCCAGGCUGGCUGCUUCCUUCUCUUGUAUAUCACUGCAGACUGUUACAAUUUCUGACUUUAAUCUUUUUCUCUCCUUUUUUACUUUGUGUUUUCUUUCUUUCAACGCUGCCUCUUUACUUCGUAAUCUCUCUCCUUUGCCUUUCUACUCUUUCUACUCUUUGCUUGCCUGGGACUCAGAGAGAAAGGUGGCCUUGGAGCUGUGAGUCUGAAGCCUUGUAGAGUUAAUCUGCUGAGACCGUCUACAGUGAGAAAAGAUUGUAUAUCCCCGUUUCCCUCUUUUUUGUGUUUUAUUUUAACCCAGGACAUUUGAUUAGAGAAAAGUGGCUUCCUUCUCUGUUUGGGUUUUUCUUCCUUGAAUCAAGGAAACAGAAAAAAUACUAGAAAAUGUUGCUGUGACAGUUUUGAUCUUCUGUAAAGACUAAAGCUGUGGCAGAUUGCACUGCCAUGUGUCCUUCAGUGUGACGGAUUGCUAGAUGUGCACUACGGACUGAGACUAAGUGCCAAUGUUCACACAACAGCCAAAAGGGCAAUCUUAAACCAGACUGAUGUGACUCCAUUUUGGAUUUUCUGUGCAACUUUUAAGUCAGUAGGACCUUCUCCUGCCCAACGCCAUGAUCACAAAAAGUGUUUUGUAAAUAUGCAGCAUGGACAAGAAAGGAUAACAUUCAUUCAGGCUUGUAAAGAACAUUUUAAAAAGCAUGUCAGCACCAACCUGCUAAAAAUGCUGAAAAUCACAAUCUGCAUGGAGCAAACAAUCAGCCAAUCUUUGUCCAAUCAAAGAAGAGGACAACGUCAGGGGAGGUUAUUUGAAAGGAUGCCAAAUGGACUUGGACAGGAAGCCAUAGCAGCUGUGUGAUGGCGUCUGUUGCCUGCCAAUCAUGAGUGAAGGUCAUGUGAUCUGAGAGAAAAAGAGACUCAUCAUGGGAGUGUGUCAGGUGACCUAUAAACAGCUGGAGGCCCUGAAACACACCCUACACACUGUUCAUCUUAGCUUAUAUCAGAUAUCGUCAUGUCGGUAAAUCACACUACAUCAUGUCAUGUAUCGCUACCCAUCCUGCUUUGAAAAGGAAACCGUAAAAGCACACUUCCUGCUAACUCCAUACCUCCACAGUACGGUGUUUGUACUUCCUGAGAAGGCCCUCCGUACGGUGACCUUUGACCCAGAACGUGCAGACUUCUGUAGCUGUGUUGAACAUGUUGAACAUGAUGGUGAUGAAACCCAGUGUUUUCCUCCUUUUCCACUUUUUACAUAAAUCCAUUUGAUGUAAUUAAAAAUCAUCAAGCCUAAA